AUGGCGGGAAGCAAUUCACAGAAGCCGCUCCUCACCCUCAUUCGCGAUUUCUCCUCCGAAAAAUCUCAAGGAGAGAGACGAAUCGUGAAUCAGAAGAAGCGAAUCGAGGAGCUAAGAUCCGAUCUGGAUGCAUCGAGUGCGGAGCUAGAGGACGCGAAGCGCCGUAAGGAGACGACUGAGCAACUGCUCAAAGGCUUUGAAGUUGAAUUAUCCAUGAACGACGCUUCCAUUCAGGCGCUAGAGGCAAGGAUUUCUGUGACGAACAGUGAGAUAUCGAGACUGGGGGCUGAAUUGGCGGCUCUCAAGAGUGAAGAGAGUUCCGCACGAGAUGAAUUUAUUGGAAGAAUGCUUGAGCUGAAUGCAGAGAUAAGGAAAUUUCAGGAGUUGCUAUCCUCCCCUCCCAAUGUGGUGGAUUUCUCUAAUGCACCUUUGAUUUGUGAUCAAGAUGAUCAACAAGUCGGAGUGGUUCCACAGAAUAAACUUGCUGAAAUAAUCUUGCUUACUGACAAGGGAGAAGAACAAUAUAAAGCUGAUCAAGUGUUUCAUGGCCAGAUCCUACAGGAGCUUGCUAAUUUGGAAAAGAAAGCACCGCUGUUGGAGUCUGUGAUGAAAGAAAGCCAGGAACUAAAGGAGAUGAAUAAAUAUCCUUAA